UUGCGUCCACAGGUGUGGUGGUGACAGUGGUGGUGGUGGCACGUUAAUCUGCACUCCACGCACCACCACCAGCACUACCACGUCAUCUCCCCGCCCUGGAUGUCCUGGAGGCAUCUCAAUACAGCUGAGAUCGAAGGAAAGUGAAAGGAGACAAAAGAGACACGAGAUUUCACUACUAAUAAGACGUCAAGGGAGAUUGAGGAAGUCCGUCAGUUCUUCGCAGGGAGCAGCAUCGCCCAUGGGCCUCGGAGCCGCCAUGGGGGAGGGCAAUAACAGAGGCCAAGUCACCUUUGACGAGAGCCACGUGAACAUCAAGCUCCCAAACAGGUGCCGCCGGUGUCAUGCCUACAACGAGGACCCCGAUGCUCCGUCGCUGCGGGAGAGUUUCGUCAUCUUGCUGCGUCAAAUGACUCGCUCCCCUGGUGACGGCUGCUUCGUCUUUACCCUGGCGCUGCCCUGCCUCGGGGUGACGGCCGUGUGUCUGCUGCUGCUGUUGCUGGCUGGCUACACCACAGUAUCGGGCGCCAUGCUGCACUGCACGCUGUUGCUGUUGCUCACCUGGCUCUGCGUCGUGCAUUACUUCGGCCGCCGCUACGCCAGGCUCUACUCCACCGAGCACGACAUUCUGCUGCUUGAGGCUGUGUGAGGCUUCCGCCACCACCACCACCACCACCAUCACUACGUCCUCUCCACGCCAGGCUCUACACCACCGAACAUGACGUUCUCUUGCACGUCGUUUGUCCUGCCGCCACCACCAUUACUGGGACCAUACAAUGAAACACUUCUACGCCGCACCUCCACUACAUUCAAAAGGCUCUAGUUGAAGUAGCAUAUAUCUUUAAGAUUCUAGUGGCAGAUUAGCAAGAUUUCUACAUUAUGAACAGGAGAAACACUAUUUGAGAACUCAGCUGAUCAUCACUGGGGCCUUUGAAAAUAGUCGUGGUGAGGAAGAAAAGUUUUUCUGAAUUACGGGCCUGUGUUACUACCCAUAUCACCUUCCUGCACUGACCAAGGAAAACAGUCUCCACUUCCCUUGGCACUAACUGAUGUCACCAGCGCCACCAUCACCACCAUCAUAACCGCUAUCACUAUCAACGUUGCCGUCCACCAUCACCCUCACCAUCGAUUUACACCAGCUGCUGUUCCCCCCACCACCGCUACCACCAAUACUACCACCGCCAUCCACCACUACCACUACUACUACUACUACUACUACUACUACUACUCUGUCAUAGCAAGAAUGUUGUAGCACUACUACUAUCACCACCAUCACCACCACCACCACCACCACUACCACCACCACCAUCACCAUCAUCAUAAAAAAAAUGAAUAAAUAAAUAAAAAAUAAAAAAUAAAACAUUACAGCAGCACCUUUCCAUAAUUGCCACACAGGAAUAGUAAUGCAUUUAAACUUUUCUCGCUAGCGUUAAUGUGGAGGGCAAGGUAAUGCACUGAGUCUUGUGAAUAAACACCGUCUUUACUUGGUGCAGAAAUCUAGUUAGCCAGCAAAUUGUGAAAAUCCAAAUUAAGUUAAUAAAAGUAAGUUAAGA